GUACUUCUAAGUGAUUAAACAUAAGAAAGGAUUGAAAAUGGGAUAUUUAUCGCUAAUUUUCUUACUGGCUGUCGUAUCUAGCGGCGUUUUAGCUCAAACGUAUAAUACGAGAUAUGAUAAUAUAGAUAUUGAUCAAAUUUUGUCCAACAAAAGAGUAUUAGACAAUUAUAUAAAAUGCAUAUUGGACGAUGAAACUAGAAGGUGUUCUCCAGAAGGGCGAGAGUUCAAAAAAUACAUACCGGAAGCCAUACGAACAAACUGUGCUAAAUGUUCCGAUGCACAAAAGCGAAUAACAAAAAAGGCUUCUGUCUACAUUUUGGAACAUAGACCACAGGACUGGGAUAAAAUUAGAAAGAAAUUCGAUCCUCAAGGAAAAUAUCAAGAUAGUUUUGCCGCAUUUCUUAGGAGUGUAGCUUAAAAUAAUAUCUGUUUUUUACAUUAUAUUAGACUAUAUUUUUAUGA